GUUCGAUAGCUUAACGACAAACAACUCGUUAUCUAUGAACAGAAAUACAUCACGUGUAAAAAAAAGUAGUUUAUAGCCUUAACUCAUCGAGGCAAAGAAUAAGAAUUAAGCUGAAAAAGAAAAAAAAUUAUUGUUGUACUACUGCUGCGUUAAAAUGACGGCUAUAAUAUUAUUCAUGAUUUUUGUGCUCACUCGUGCUCAUAUUUUUCAUUUCGAUAUUACGGAUGGAUAUGGAGAUAAAAUUAUUAAUGACUGUGUAGACUAUAAAACUCGGUGUAAUCCUUCUCUUGAAUUUCCUUGUUGCGACUCAAAGAAUAAAUGCGAACCAGUUGAAGUCAAUGAUAAUCGAGAAAUAUUUGCGUGUAUAAAAUCAGGACAACUGAACAAAUCUUGUGAGCAUAGUUUCGAUUGUUUGGAUUACGACUAUGCUAUAUGUAAUAAAAAUAAAAAUUGUGAAUGUAUUAGUACCUUUAUGGCAAUAAAUGAAAUGAAAUGCGUAGCACUUUUAGGUGGUAGUUGUGAAGAUAACAGCCGAUGCAUAGUCGAUCAUUCAAUGUGCAUUGAUUUUCAUUGCAAAUGCGAGCCUGCAUGGAUACCCAAAUCUAAUGACCGAUGCGUACCGACAAAAUUGGCCACUCAGUGUAAUGAUGAUGAUGAUUGUGAUGACCUCAAUCAUAUGCAGUGUUCAUACAAUUUAUGCCUUUGCAGAGCACAUCAUGUCAUUGAAAAUGCCGCUACAUGUAAGCCUAUAUUAGGAGGGCAUUGUUUGUCAGAUAAAGAAUGUCCGGUCUUACAUUCUGCUUGCAUUGAACAUAAGUGUCAAUGCAGAGAUAAUUUUGAAAUGAUGUCUUAUAGCGAGUGUCGAUUUUCAACAUUGAGAAUGGAUUGUGAAAAUUUUCAUGAUUGUAAUCGUAUUUUGUAUUCAGUAUGUUCCGACGACAAUCAAUGUGUUUGUAAAAAAAAUUAUGUCCCCAUUAAUAAUUUAGAGUGUGGAGGACUUUUAGGUGAAUUUUGCGUAAAUGACGAACAAUGUGCAGUAAAAAAUUCCGGUUGUUUUUUGAGUAAAUGCGAGUGUAAAUUCGGCUAUACAAAUUCAGGAAUAAAUCAAUGUUUUGCAAAUCAAAUUAAUAUACCAUGUGAAACUGAUUAUGAUUGUGAUGAAAUAUUGCAUGCUGUCUGUUCUCCAAUGAAAAUAUGUAUGUGUAGAGAAAAUCAUAUACUCAUGCAUAAUUCGUCAUGCGUACCACUAUUAGGAGGAUAUUGUGAUUACAGAUAUUUAUGUAAGCCUCGUAAUUCUUACUGUCUCGACAGUGAGUGUCAAUGCAAACCUCUUUAUGUUUCUACGUCACACGGCGCAUGUCGAUUAAGUAAAUAAAUAAUUUCUGUCAAUAAAUAUAAAAUUAUGAGCAUAUUUUUUCAGUCUAAUAAAAAUUGUCGAUGAAUACUUCACAUCUUUUAGUUAAUCAUUAUUAAUUGCAUUUAUAUGACGAAAAGUAAAAAAAAUUAUUUAAUUAAACUAUAAAUAAAACAAUUUUAAUAUAUUUUUUGAGAAAAAAAUAUUUGGGUGCUCAGUAAGUUGUCCGACGUCUCCUGUUAAAUUUUUUUAUGAUGUAUAACGUAUCAGAUAUAUGUGUGAUAUUAUUACGUGUAACAUGAUAUUGUUUUACGUAAAUUAUAUAAAUUUUUAUCAGCAUACAGAUAUUAUUUGUCAUACAUAGAUUGUAAUCUGAC